UUGACGAUAGUAAGCAGAGAUGACGGUGAAUAUCACAGCAAUCAAAACGGCAUCAGAUGGAGUUUGGCAAGGUGACAAUCCCUUAGACUAUGCAUUUCCAUUGUUGAUUAUCCAAACCACCCUUGUCCUCGCCGUCGGCCGCUCAUUAGCCUUCCUCCUCAAGCCUCUCCGUCAGCCCAAAGUCAUCGCCGAGAUCGUCGGUGGGAUCCUAUUAGGACCAUCUGCGUUGGGCCGGAAUCAAGAGUACAUGCACCGGAUUUUUCCCCGAUGGAGUUCUCCCAUCCUUGAGUCUGUCGCAAGCAUUGGACUGCUUUUCUUUCUUUUCUUAGUCGGUCUGGAGCUUGACCUGAGCUCCAUCCGCCGGAGUGGAAAACGAGCAUUUGCAAUAGCAGCCGCCGGAAUCUCGCUCCCUUUCAUAUUCGGUAUCGGAGUUGCAUUCGUUCUACGGAAAACAAUCGACGGAGCUGAUAAAGUCGGCUAUGCUCAGUACUUGGUGUUCAUGGGAGUGGCUCUGUCCAUCACAGCUUUUCCGGUGCUUGCACGUAUUCUGGCGGAGUUGAAGCUCUUAACCACCAGGGUCGGCGAGACCGCCAUGGCUGCCGCCGCGUUUAACGAUAUCGUGGCGUGGAUAUUGCUUGCCCUCGCCGUCGCACUUGCUGGAAACGGCGACGAAGGUGGGCCUCAUAAAAGCCCAUUGGUUUCUGUGUGGGUCCUUCUUUCAGGAGUUGCUUUUGUGAUCUUUAUGAUGGUUGUGAUCCGGCCAGCCAUGAAUUGGGUGGCUCAUCGGUGCUCACCGGAACACGACACAGUAGACGAGGUCUACAUUUGCUUGACACUAGCCACCGUCAUGGUUUCCGGCUUCAUUACAGAUCUCAUCGGCAUACAUUCCAUUUUCGGAGCUUUUAUCUUCGGACUAACCAUCCCCAAAGGAAAUUUCGCCGAGAAAUUGAUAGAAAGAAUUGAAGACUUCGUCUCCGGAUUGCUACUCCCACUAUAUUUUGCUUCCAGUGGUUUAAAAACUGACGUCACAAAAAUUAGUGGAGGGAAAGCAUGGGGCCUACUAGCGAUGGUAAUCACAGCGGCAUGCGGUGGGAAGAUUUUUGGGACUUUUGUGGUGGCGGUGAUGUGUAUGAUUCCAGUGAGGGAAUCACUUACGUUAGGGCUGCUGAUGAAUACUAAAGGAUUGGUCGAACUCAUUGUUCUUAACAUCGGCAAAGAAAAAAAGGUUCUGAACGAUGAGGUUUUUGCAAUACUGGUUCUCAUGGCACUUUUCACCACUUUCAUCACAACUCCGACAGUCAUGGCCGUCUACAAACCUGCCCGGAGCAGCGGCGGUAGAAGGUCAUCCUCCGGGAAGAAAUACGAUCUCAGAGUAUUGGCAUGUGUUCACGGCCCUGGAAACAUAUCCUCAUUGAUCAACUUGAUCGAGUCAACUCGGUCUGUGAACAAAACCCGGCUCAAGCUCUACGUACUCCACCUGGUUGAACUCACUGAACGUAGUUCCUCGAUUGUGAUGGUCCAACGGGUCAGAAAAAACGGUCUCCCGUUUGUGAGCCGGUUUAACUACACAGCACGUGCAUUUCACGAGAGAGUGGCGGUUGCAUUCCGAGCUUAUGGCCAGAUGGGUCAAGUCGUGGUUCGAACUACCACCGCUGUCUCAGCACUGCCAACCAUGCAUGAGGAUAUAUGCCACGUGGCUAAAGAGAAAGGAGUGCCAAUGAUUAUCUUAUCAUUCCAUAAACGGUGGAUAAAAACGGAGGGUCCAGAUGUGAUUGAGAAUGUGGGCCAUGGCUGGAGAGGUGUCAAUCAGAGGGUUCUGAAUAAAGCUGAAUGCACGGUGGCGAUAUUAGUUGAUCGAGGGCAUGGUGAUGAAUCCCAACAAAAUGGCUCCGACACCACGGUAGCACAAAAGGUGUGUGUAAUGUUUUUUGGUGGACCUGAUGAUCGUGCAUGUUUGGAAUUGGGAGGAAGGAUGGUGGAGCAUCCGGCUGUGAACGUGACGGUUUUGAGAUUUGUGGAGGAGAACAGGGCAGAACACGAUGGUGUUGGGCUGAAACCGGCUCCCAGUAAAGGCAGAGAUAAAUAUACCUUCUCUACCACAGUUAUCCAUCCCGAAAAAGAGAAGGAGAGCGAUGAAAAGGUGAUGGAUGAAUUCCUGAGAAAGUGGGAAGGAAUGGUGGAAUACAAAGAAAACGGUGGAAACGACAUCGUUGAGAGCAUAUUGAGAAUAGGAAAAAGCGGUGAGUAUGAUCUAAUUGUUGUAGGCAAAGCACGGUGCCCCACGGCUAUGGUGGCUAGGUUAGGUGACCGGCAACCGGAGCAUGCAGAGCUGGGUCCGGUUGGAGACCUGUUAGCCUCUUCCAACCAUGGUGUUGUGUCUUCUGUGCUUGUGAUUCAACAACAUGAUAAAAUUGUUUCAGAAGAAUCUCCAAGUCAGAAUGAAGAGGCAGCAAAUGAGGUAUAG